AUGAAGAUUAUACCAUUAUUCAUCGUUCUGUUUGCUAGCGUUGGAAUACGAGCUAUCUGCCCUUAUGAUGCACUGGCCCCGCUCCCAUAUGUAGUGGAUCAUGCUAUUUGGCGAGGAUGGCAUCAGACGUUCAUUUACAUACCUAACAUCGAUCGUGGUUGUGUAUGGGCAAUUGUCCGACUAAUGAAAUGUUUGGCCGUAAACGGGGUCGCUUCUGUGGUCAAUGCAAUGGGAACUGUGAGGAUUCAAGCGCGUAUUGGUAUAGUUAUUCUUAUGCCUCGGCUGCGGCUAAAUGAUACGAGCGGUCUCAAUACACUAAUUAAAAAGUUACAUGAAAAAGAAAUGAAUACGGCUGCUUACGAUUGGUUGAUUGCUACAAGAUCGGAACGGGAUCUUAAAUAUGUCAAUGAGAUACUGAAUGCAACAUCGAUUCGAUUCGAUCAGAAUAUCAUAGCGGCAUACCCAUCUGACCGUUACCGGAAGAACGUUGACUCUCUAGGGUUAUGUGAUGCUAAUUUCUUCUAUAAAAUCAAUGAAGAUAAAUAUGUUAACAGGAACCUGAGAAUUUCUCACAAUGAACACGAUUAUUACAAAUGUCGAUCUGGCUCACGUAAUCGUUUUGAAUGUAUUAAAACGGAAUAUGAAAGAAAUUACUAUCGCACAUCGGAUAGAUUUAAAAACCUUACCAGGAACCAAGUUAUCAAGAAGUCAGGUAGAUUAGUGCCUCUAUUGCAGUCCGGUUGUGCUAACUAUAAUUAUUCUAGAAGAUUUGAGAUGACGAAUAUAAGCAGAUUUUCGUUAUGGCUACAAUCGAAGAAGUGUUGGAGCGUAGGCAAUCGUUAUGAGAAAAACGAGAUGCGUUUGUACGUCGUUCAGUAUUUCAAAGUCAAAAUUAAUUCGACACUUUAUGCUCAUUUUUUAGGUUGUUGGAACAGAGAGCAGUCCAUGUCCGCAGUUGAAGUUCCUUACCCAGUGGAAGCUCGUAAUUUUCUCGGCGAGGAGUUGAAGGUGGGCAGGUGUAACUCGACCGGAGACGGGUCGUCUUCCUUGGAAGAUGAUGAACCAUCAGCGCCAGCUUUACUAGACGAUGUACUACAUUUCCUUACGUAUCGUCUCAAUUCUACGUCGCGGAGUCGGUACUACAGUAAGCUCGGGCUCCGUACUUAUGAAGGCACAUGGACUGGACUUCUGGGUGCUCUUCUGGACCACUCCGUCGAUAUCGCCCUGGAGCCCGUCACUGCUGAUGCGCCAAGACACCAGGAUAUGGAUUUCAUAUUUCCUAUAGCGGAGACAAUGUGCAAUAUUUAUAUACGGCAACAGGAGACAUCCACUGUUAGAGAUAUAUUUCUCGCUCCGUUUAGUGCCCGGCUUGUGGUUUGUGUUGUGGCAGUGGCCUUGGUAGCUUCUUUAGCUGUUGUGUUGAUUAGUAAAGUUGCACCAUCUGUUCGCAAUAGAGAGCGCCCUAUGGGUUACACUGAGGCUUUGAUUUGGUCUACAGGAAUUCUUUGUCAACAAGGUGGAAACUGGACUCCUCCAAACCCCGCAUCGAGUAUAUUGCUAAUAGUGUGCUUGCUGUUUGCUGUGGUGACAUACAACGCGUAUGCCGCGUUUAUCACUUCAGUGUUAUCGGUGCGAGUGGCCAGUGUCGAUACUGUGGCGGCAGUACUCCAUUCUCCUAACUUCAAGAUCGGGUACAUCAGGAACGGAGCCGAUCAGAUGUAUCUAAUGUCUACAAAAGAUUCACAACUAAACGCAUUCUAUAUUCGAGGAUAUUCGGACGCUGAGAAUUUAGUUUCAUCGGCCGAGGAAGGGUUAGCUCGCGCGGCGAAGCAGGACUACGCGUUUUUUGGCGGUCAGAGAGCAGCUCGUUCCACUUUAAGGUCUUUGAGCCAAGCGCGCGGACGGUGCGCGGUACGAGAGUUACCAGUGCAUUCGACGCGUGCUCAGUUGGCGUUCCCUCUGCCACGUCGAUCACCAUACGCUAGACCCACACUAAUAAGUUUGUUGCAGUUGCGUAGUAACGGUGCCCUAGCGCGACUGGAGUCGGCGCUUGUGCCGUCCAUGCCGGAGUGCGACCCGCCUGCUGGAUUUGCAUCUGCCAGAGCUACUGAUGUACGCUCUGCACUUUUACUCAUCGUGUCUGGACUUAUGGCUGCUACACUAUUAGGCUAGUAUCUGGUUACUAUA